AUGCCCUCGGGCUACCAACAUGGAGACACGCCCAAAAAGGCCAUGGUUCGCGGGACCAUAAGCUACCUCGAAUCCCAAGGCCUGCCCGUCAACAAAUCCGCCAUAUUCAGACACUUUGAGCUAUCACGGUCCCAGGGCUACGCGGCGCUCAGGGAAUCGGCAUCCAAGCGGAGUGACCCCGAGUGGGAAGAGACGCGAGGGCGACCCAGCAAACUGUCCGACGAGGACCAGCAAAAGCUGGAAAGAAUCCUCUGGGACGAGGCGUACGAGGACGUGUACCUCAACUGGGCGGGGCUGGCGAAGCACGCGGGCGUAGAGAUGGGCUGCAACUCGAGGACGAUGCACAGGGCCAUGGGCACGCUGGGGUACAGACGGUGCCUGGGGUGCGGAAGGGGUUGGGUGAACAAGAAGCUGCGCGAGAGGCGGGUGGAGUGGGCGCGCCGGAUGCUGGACGCGUUUGCGACCACGGAGACGGGCUGGCGGGCAGUCCGGUUCGGGUGCGAGCUGCACUUUGGCUUCGGGCUCGACGGCGCAAUGAGGGUGAUGCCGCGGCCGGGGGAGAAAUACUGCCCCGGCUGCAACGAGACGCGGCCGUCUGUCGAUGACGAAGCAGGCGGCCCCGGGAGAUGGACGAGGGACGUCAAGAGAGUCCACGCGUGGGCGUGCGUGGGGUACAACUUCAAGAGCGACCUCGUCUUUUACGACGCCGCGACGAGCCCCAACUCGUCGGGCGUCAUGAGCAUGGCCGACUACCGCGACAAGGUUCUCGAGAAGCACGUCAAGCCGUGGCUGCGGCCGUCCGCGGGCGGGCCCCAGUCCUUCGUCUUGGAGGAGGAUACCGAGUCGUUUGCCCACGGGGCGCUGAGCAAGGCGAAUCCCGUGCAGCAGUGGAAGGAGCUCAACGAGCUCCGGAGUCACUUCAACUGCGGUGAUAGCCCGGACCUGAGUCCCCUUGAUUCGGUCUGGCCGGCCGGCAAGCAGUGGAGGAUGAAGCCGCUGAAGGACUGGGACGAGGCGUCGUUGAGGGAGGCGGCCCGGAAGGCGUGGAGGGACGUGGUUCUCGACCAGGAGAGGGUCAAUGUCUGGGUGGAGUUUAUGCCGGAGAGGUUGAGGGCCGUGGUGGACAGCGGCGGCAAGCUGGUGUCGUGGUAG